GUGUACAUCCGAACACAUGUCUGCAGAAGUUUUGGUUUCAAGUUUUCAUCAACGUCGAGGAUUUUGUGGUCUAGAUCAUCCCUCCAUUAUCUGUCUUAGUUAUUUAUAUAACACAGGAGGAGGGAGACGAUCACCUCCAGGAUGACAUCUUCCGGCAUCCGAAUUAAAUUAGAAAGGGAUGAAAGUAGUGGUGAGGUCGAUGCAGCACGCGGUAGAUUUGAUGCAGCUCUUCAAGGCCUACUUCAGAAGGAUGAGGAAUCUGAUUCUGAAAAUGAAUCUGACAGUGAAAGCAAGUCAAAAGUAUUCACAAAAAUUGGUUUAGCAAGUACUCGAGGCUCUCGUCCUCCUCGCAAACGUCGACGGAAAGAGAUAGAUUUGAGAGAUUCUGGCUUCCACCACACAUUUGUUAUGCGCAUGUUCGACCGCAGUGUAGACCUUGCCCAAUUUGAUGAAACAUCUCCCUUGUAUCCAAUAUGUCGUGCCUGGAUGAUUAACCAGCCACAUAACUCCAGUCUCAAUGUAAAACAAGAACCCAGCAGCCCCAGCACGGAAAUGUUUAACAGCACUGAUGCCACCCAUGAUGGAGGAGACUUUGUCAGUGAAAUCUUGUCUGAUGGUCCCCCCAAUGCUGCCCUCAGUAACAAGAUGCCUCCUCCAGAACCCAGACCGAUCAACAUGCUGCAACGAGACCCAAGGAUUCCUGAUACACUUCCACACCCUCCCAAUAGACUCAAUGUCAUAAAUGAGUGUGAAAAUACGCCAACAGGUCUUCUAUUAACUGAACACCUCAAGAGGUGGCGACAAAUUCGUAACCUGUGGAGAAAUUCUGCUAAAAUUAAUGACCAGCGUUACCAAGGUUCAUACACCAUCCUGAAGGCCAUGUUUGACAGGGCUCAUGAAGGAUGAAUCAUCAUUCAAAAUGUUUUGCUGUAGGUUUAAAAAUAUGUUUUUAUUAUGGUUGUAUAUUUUACCAAACAAAAUUUAUGAAUGGUGUUUGUAAAGUACAGUAUGAAUAUAAAUUGGGCAAGUUUCAGAUUAGUUUUAGAAUUUCAGUUAAAGUUUUCAGAAACAGAGGAACGCUUCUGACAUUAAUAUGAACCAAUUUUUUACAGUAGGCUUUUGAAUUCUAUAAUUCUGUACUUAUUUUUGUAAUAAUAGGAUUUAAUGACAGAUUGUGAUCUCUGAAGAGUUUACAUAUGGAUUAUUUAGACAGUUUAUAUGGAAGUGCAGAGCAACAUAAAAUUCUUUUGUAAUUUACUUAGUAACACGUGACUUUUUUUUUUUUUUUAAUAAAAUUACAAAUUUAGCUGUAUGUAAAUUAGAGUGACAAAAGUUAUAUGUUUGAGAAUUUUAUUGUCUCAAAAAAAUUAUGCAAAAUAUAUCUAUGGCUAAUGCAUGGUGAAUUAGCUUAUAUUAACCAUUUUUUAAAUUAUUUUCUUAAGAUUUUUGCAUCAAGACAGCCAGAUAGCUAUGAAUGAUUGCAUAAUUAACUAAUUUUAUAUACAGCCUUCUAAUACACAGCAGAAAAUAAGUAUUUAAGAAUUCAUAAGAAAAGAAAUAUGGUUUGCUUAAAGUCUGGAGGAAAAGUUGAAAGUGGAUUGUCUAAUGAAACUCUUGUAGAGAGAAGACAGACAGUAAUAGGGGUGACAAAAUAACAUGUUUGGGCAUCAUCCUAUCAGCAAUAAAGACUAUAAGUGCUGCAGCUAGUAAAAUGCUCAAGAAGCAUUCCUGGCUGUCAAUUUUAUUGUAAAAUUGAACAUAGCAAGCCAUUUUAGAAAGGAAACACUAAAUUACUGGCCAUUGUAGCAAAGACAGCAACUUAGUCUAGCCUUUCAUGAUCAGAUUUGUUGAAAAAAUGAAAUGUGUUUGCCUUUUGGUAAAAGUAUGUGAUUAUGAAGAAGUGAGGCUCUUCCUAUUUAAAUGGGAAGAAUUACUCAAUUAUUCCUACUCCAGAAGUUCAAGAUCAGGCAUAAGGAAGAGAAUGGAAAAAUGCAUAAAACUUAAUUGGUGAAUAGUGUUGCAGGGCCAGUGGUAACUCUGCUGUCGUAGACCAAAAAUUUGCCAUUUUUAUCGCACCAGAGUUCCAGAAUUGAAAAUCCUGCCUCUAGGUUAAUAUGUUAUGAAGAUUUGUGAUAAAUGGUAUUGAUUUGUAGCUUAAUAGUAAUCUUUGACUUACUACUGAAUUAACAUAGGUUUGAUUCUUGGACAAGGCUAGGUGUAUGAGCAAGUCACCUCACACCCACAGUCCAUGUUCACCAAGGUGUAAGUUGGCUGUUUUAGUUAUUCACAUCAGAGGAAACCCUAUGGAAGUAGAAAGUAAAUGAUAUGGUGAUACUGACAGGAUGUGGAAAAAGACAUUUAUUAAAGGAACUGUUUUAACAUGAGUGGCAAAACAUUUCCUUUAAUAAAUGACCUGAACUAUACAUAAGUGUCUUUUUCCACAGAUUUAGAAAUAAAUCCUACUAUAGAGCUGUAUUGGGUUAUCCUAGAAUAAAAACCUUAUAAUAUUAAAGUGAAGUAAAUGAGAACAUGUAGAAAGAUAGCACUAUCAUGUAAGAGGUUUUGGCAUGAUAGUAAAUUAAGCUACAGGUUGGUAUGUAACAUAGUAUUUUGUGAGGUGUGCAGCACAGUGAAAUAUAUACUGUGAGGGCAGAAAUCCCAUUUAUCCUGGUUUUAUCAGGUUAGUUCUAAAUUCUGUGGGUUUUCAGAGCUCUGUCUUGGUGUCCCAGCAUGUAAAAUUUUAUUAUCAGAGUGAUCUCAUUGUUCCUAGGUAGUAGGUUGGUAGACAGUAACCGCCCAGGGAGGUACUACCGUCCUGUCAAGUGAGUGUAAAACGAAAGCUUGUAAUUGUUUUACAUGAUGGUAGGAUUGCUGGUGUCCUUUUUUCUGUCUCAUGAACAUGCAAGAUUUCAGGUACGUCUUGCUACUUCUACUUACACUUAGGUCACACUACACAUACAUGUACAAGCAUAUAUAUAUACACACCCCUCUGGGUUUUCUUCUAUUUUCUUUCUAGUUCUUAUUCUUGUUUAUUUCCUCUUAUCUCCAUGGGGAAGUGGAACAGAAUUCUUCCUCCGUAAGCCAUGCGUAUUGUAAGAGGCGACUGAAAUGCCAGGAGCAAGGGGCUAGUAACCCCUUCUCCUGUAUAAAUUACUAAAUUUAAAAAGAGAAACUUUCGUUUUUCUUUUUGGGCCACCCUGCCUCGGUGGGAUACAGCCGGUUUGUUGAAAGAAGAAGAAAGAUCUCAUUGUUGUAAUAAAAAUUAUUCUGCUUAUUUUAGGAGUCAUAUACCUCCCAACUAAAUAUUUACUAAGUGUCCCAGUUUUUGGUUUAGAGAUUGGAAAAAAUGGGAUCCCUCUAUGAGUGGGUGUCAGGUAUCAUAAUAAAGGAGGUGCAGGUGGUUGAGAAUUUGGCAACUACAUUAAUUUAUUGUCUAAUGAUGAAGGAUCAAGUUAUUCAAGUCUGGCCUAAAUUCUCAUAUACAGUAUUUUACAGAACGACAUCACUUCUGGCAUAAUUUAAAAUUAGGAAUUCUUGAUUGUUUUAUCUGUAAGCUAAGGGAAGCAAACUGAUCACAGACAAACUGUCUUGUCAUCAGGAAAGUUUGUCUGGUUAACCCUUUCAGGGUCCAGAGGCCAAAUUUCAAAGUGUGCACUAGUGUCCAAGAAUUUUCAAAAAAUAAUUUUGCUAUUUUUUCUUAUGAAAUGGUAGAGAAUCUUUUUCUGAAGGUAAUAAAACAAAAAGUAUUAAAUUUGAUGGAAAAUUGAUUAAAUUAUGCUCUCGUGAGUUUUGAUGUGUCAGUGAUAUUUACGCAUCGGCGAUUUUGCCAACUUUGACUCCCAUUUUAGGCCAAUUACAUUAUUCCAGUCAACCAAAUUCUUAGAUAUUUCACUAGUAUAUUACUUUUAUUCUAUCGAUUGAGUACAAGAAUUCGCCAAGUCAACUGUUUCAACUACAAAAUAAAGUGCUUGGAAAUUGGUAAUUUGACCAAUUUAAUGCAAAGUUCAAAAUACUCCAUUUUCAAAAUAGGGUCCAUAAUAAACAAUGCAGGCAUUACUGGCACUAAACUAACAUUUCCUCUGUUCAUUAGUUACGUUUUCAGGCUUUACUAAUGAAUUCCAUUUUUAUUUUUUAUUCACAAUGAAUUUUUAUUCAAACCAAAAAAUAGAAGAUUUACCAGCAGGCAUGUAUUAGACGUGAGGUCAUUUGUUUACUCUUGAGCAUCGGCAAAAAUUUAACAUUUCCGCUACUUUGAGCUCAGUUUCAAGCCAUUUCCAGUACUAAAACCAAUCAAACUCAUCUCUAUUUCUGUAAUAUAUCUUCCAUUCUAUCAAAUGAGACCAAGAAAUCGCAAAUACAACUAUAAAAAACAUAUGAAAAAACACUGCAAAGUCGCUGUUUUAAUCUAAAAUUAGGAUCUCGGUUUUUUUUCUCUCAUUAUCCACUGUGUGCUGCAGGAUUUGCUUUAGGUGGUGCACACAUACCAUAUAGAUGUAUUCUCUCAUAUCUAGGCCAAAAUUUACCGCUCACAGCUUAUCAGAGUGAGCUGAGCUCAUGAUGUAGAUCUACGGUUUGGACCCUCAACGUAAAGCCAUAGAUCUACGGCACGGACCCUCAGAGGGUUAAUAACCUCUAUAGCAAAGCUCUAAAUAAAUGUAAUUUUAUUUAAGUACAGGUACAAAAAGGCAUACAUAUUCAGUAAAUAUGAUUAUGCCAGAGCUCUCAGUAAUUUGCAGGAAAACGACACAUUUUUGUCUCCUCCCCUUGAACACAGAGUAGAGGCAUGUUUUCCCAAAAUAAAACCUCAGUUGACCGUCCCUGAAAUAAUCAACUUUUUGCAAGAUCAACCUUCCAAGCUUCUAUAGUGCCACCAUAGAAGUUUAUAUUACAUUGUUUAGUUAAGUAGAUGAUGUAUCUAGGUUUGUUUCAAGGUCAUUAUUCUUAGAUUUUUAUUCCAGUAAUUUUCAUAAUUUUUCACAUGUAAUUUUCUCCAGAUAACUUCAUGAUAUGGGUAAUGUGAAGAUUAAAAAAGUACAUUUAUGUCAGUUUUCUUUUAGGAUUUGACAGUUAGAGCUAAAAUAGAUUUCCAGUACGUACAGCCUUUUUUUAAUACUUCUUAAUUAAUUAUCUGAUCAUCGGAUUACUUAAGUGCUAUUUGUUGACAUACAGUGUAUGGCAGUAUUUGUGUCAGUGUUACACAUACAAACUAUUAUAAAGUAAUUGAUUAUAUCUAGGAAGUUAAAAAAAUUCUUAUUGGAUGACUGGAAUGUACAUAUAAUACCAUUCAAUUGCUGUAAUUUAUAUGACCUGAUUAUAAUAUAUUCUCUUGGUGUAAGAAAUUUUUAUAUUUAUUUAGCCAUACUGUACAAAUUUAAAUUAAAUUAUAAGCCAGCCAUUUCUAGAAUGUUGGAGCAUAUGUGUUUGUGUGGGCUAGAUGUUUAUAAUGAGCCAUUUUUUAAAAUAUGUUAGAUGUAAAAAAUGAAGUAAAAUUAUUGACACCA